AUUUGAGCUGCUGGGUGCUUGGAAUAAUGAAGUGAAGCACUAGGCCUUCCCUUGGGUCCUCAGAUGGGCCACAGUAUGCUGCACCGCUGGUGCUGAAAACCUGGGCAGGUCAGCUGGGCUUAGAACCAUCGCAGCUUUGACUCCCUGCAUGUUCCCUUCUGGGGUGGGGUGGGGAGGAGAAGCAGCGCAAGCCUGUCGGGAGAAGUCUUGGGGACUGAGCCUUUGUCUAAGAGGAGGCAGGUGUAGCUCGUGCCCUGGGGGUCACUCACCAGCUCUGUGGCUCCUCAUCAUCACCCGGCCACGACUGAUGGCCUCCUCACGAGCCCAUGGAGGCAGAGUGGAGGACACGGUGUGGGCGUCGGUGCCCGUCAUAUGUAUAUUUUGGUUGUGGUCUGAGUUAAGGGGACAUGCCCCCCAGUUCUCUUCCUCAUCUUUCAGAUCUUGGCAGGCCCUGACCUCUCAGUGGCGCAGUUCACGGCUUGGCCUUCAGCCGACAAUACGUGUCUGUGCCAAGCGAGAACGACUUGCUGGGGCAGGUCGGAGUCAAUCUUGCAUCCCUCCCUCCCUUUUUUCCUCCCCAUUUGACCUUUGGGGCUCUAGUUUCCUGCAAGGAGUGAAUUAUUCAUGUUUGUACAUAGAUAUCAAAUUGGCCCUUCCCGGGUUGCCAGCAGGGUGGGGCAGGUAGGCGGCUUUUUUCAGAGUCUGUAAACAGGAGGAGCCACUUCCCUGUUGAAACAGCACCUCCAGGUGGGUGACCGUUUUUUUUGCUAAGUCAUCCUGGGGAUGCUCAAAGCCCCAUUGUGAAAUCUUUCCUGUCCUUCCAGGCUCCUCCUUCCUCCCCAGCCCUAUAACAGUCCCUGAAGUGGGCUGCCACCACUCUGCCGCCACUCUGCACGCCUCACUCUGCCCCUUCACCAUGGCCUACAUAGCCAAGUCCUUCUACGACCUCAGUGCCGUCAGCCUGGACGGGGAGAAGGUAGAUUUCAACACGUUCCGAGGCAGGGCCGUGCUGAUUGAGAACGUGGCCUCGCUCUGAGGCACGACCACCCGGGACUUCACCCAGCUCAACGAGUUGCAAUGCCGCUUCCCCAGGCGCCUGGUGGUUCUUGGCUUCCCUUGCAACCAAUUUGGACAUCAGGAGAACUGUCAGAAUGAGGAGAUCCUGAACAGUCUCAAGUAUGUCCGCCCCGGGGGUGGAUUCCAGCCCACUUUUACUCUUGUCCAAAAGUGUGAGGUGAAUGGUCAGAACGAGCAUCCUGUCUUCGCCUACCUGAAGGACAAGCUCCCCUACCCUUAUGAUGACCCAUUUUCCCUCAUGACCGACCCCAAGUUCAUCAUUUGGAGCCCGGUGCGCCGCUCUGACGUGGCCUGGAACUUUGAGAAGUUCCUUAUUGGGCCAGAGGGGGAGCCCUUCCGCCGCUACAGCCGUACCUUCCCUACCAUCAACAUUGAGCCUGACAUCAAGCGUCUCCUCAAAGUUGCCAUAUAGACAGGAGCUGCUCAGCACACAGAUCUACCCCAUCCCGCCCCUGGUAUCUUUCCUGAGGCUUCAGUGUGCCCGCAGGAGGCACUGCUGGGCAAAAGCUGCCUCUUGAAGAGCCUUGCCCUUCCAGGCCACCUGUCUCCCUUCCCUCCCCCAACCUUCUCCUUGGUGAUUCUACUUGGAGCUCCAAGAUUUGGCUGGCUCUGGGCCUUCACAGAAUGAUGGCACCUUCCUAAACCUUAUGGGUGGUGUCUGAGAAAUGUGAAGGGCUUAGAGCCAGGCUGCUAGCUGUGUCCAAUAAAGGGCAGGUAUG